GCUGAGGGUUCAUAGAGUCGGGAGGGGAUGGGAAACAGCUCAAUUAAUAAUCGGCGGGGCAGUGUCUUGGCAAAAAGUUUCAAUUAAACUUAACAUGGGGGGUUUAUUACUUAGUUAUUAAUUGAAGACAAGAGAGAACGCUAUAGUCGAACUAUAUUUAAGGAAUAUCGGUAGAAAUUGGGGAAAGAAUAAUUUUAAUACUGUACGGUUUUUUAGGCGCCAGAAUGGACGUGAACGUUCAUACGGUGGGACAGACGGAUCCUGAUCAAGAACUUAUAUUCUUUAUAUUCCUUCUGCUAGUGACAUACUUUUCAACGAAUCUAGUAUAGAAACGAAGGCUAGUCUGCGAUCAGGACUGGUUAAUUAGCCGUGAUAGGCAAAUAAUUAAAUAAUAUUUAAGCAAACAUCUAGAUUAAAACUCUCUGCAAAUCGAAUUGUAAUGGAUUUUGACCAGUCUGCCUUUUAGCUCCAAUCGAAUCUGUUUAGGUUGGUUAGUCAAUUUAGAAAGAUGUGUUCUAGGCACAUCGGCUUCAUAUUGCUAUUGACUCUCCUGUUUUCUGCAGUAAAGAUAUCCUCCAAGUUUGAGUUCACCAACUUCGAAUGCAAGUCUUUGGAUAAGUCCUUCGACGACUUUGAAUAUUGCCAUCUGAAAUCUUUCAACCGGAGCUAUAAGUAUCUAUCGCUCAAAGUCAAACUAUUCAAAACGCCGAUCAGGAAGGUCAAGGUCCGAGCCAUUCUUUUCAAGCGCUACAACGGCUAUAAGCCAUUCAUGUUCAAUAUCACAGUGGAUGCCUGCAGGUUCCUGAAGAAUACAAAGUCAAAUCCGGCAGCCUUGUACUUCUUUGAAUUCCUGAAGCCGUACUCCAACAUGAACCACACGUGUCCCUUCGAUCACGAUUUGAUUGUGGAGAAACUGGAAGUUGGCUUUGUGAACCAUCAAGCAACAAAGGUCUUGCCCUUUCCCGAAGGAGACUACCAACUGGAAACCCACUGGAUUGCCUACGACAUCGACCGAGCCGUGGUGAAAGUAUAUGGCACCCUCUCCUGAUCGGUUAGCUAUCACCAAACUGGUAAACUUUGUUGGCAUGUGUAAAUGGUAGACACUAAAAACUAUUUUUAGUAAACAAAACUAUACCAAACUCAUUAUGUGGGUUCAUUGUGAUUUUCUGGCUUGGUGGAGCUAUUAAUUGUUUUGGAAAUUGAUUUACGUUGCUGAUUCAAUAGAAUAUUAAUAGGGUUCUGUAAACUACUUACACUGGUUAGUCGAUUUCGAAAGAUGGGUAUAAAUCAAUGUGGUUUUGUGGUGCUUUUGGCUCUUUCAAUUUCAGUAGUCGAGGUAAGAGUUAUUUAAACAUUAGGUACAAUACGAAUCAAUUCAGAAUCUUCCCCAGAUAUCGAAGUUCGAGUUCACUAAUAUCAUUUGCAAUUAUUUGGAUAAAAAGUCGGU